AGAACAUUUUUUGUUUUAAAAUGUCAGCCCCCAUCGAAAUAUAGCUUUGUAUUGAGCCAUGAGAAAAUACCGCUUCGGAGAUCCUAAUCAGAAUAUUUCAAGGCUAUCCAAACCUCGAAACAUUGUAACUUUUAUUGUUGGAUGGAAUUUAAUGGCAUACGCAGUUUAUCAGAUAGUUAAGAAAAAUAAAGGUGAAGAAUGGGAUAAAAUGGGAAACGCACAAAAGUAUCUCAGCUUGACGAAAAAGUCUGAUUCAGAAAGAAUUAUUAGUGAAGUAACACUUGAACCAUCUCAAUAUACAGUUGUGGAGAAGUCUGUACAAGAUUACUUGACGGAAAAAAACUGA